AUGUUAGCCAAGUCUUAUGUGUGGUGGCCGGGUACGGACGGCGACAUUAAUGUAAUGAUAAAAUCGUUUGGAAUUUGUUUGGAAGAGCGAAAAAAACCAGCUCACACUGUUUUAACACCUUGGCCAUGGCCGGAGAAAGUUUGGAGCCGUGUGUAUGCUGAUUUUUUGGGGCCGUUUUAUGGUAGCAUGUACCUUGUUGUGUCAGAUGCGCACUUCAAAUGGCCAGAAAUGAUUGACCUUAAACAAAAUACGAAGGCCACUAAUUUAGUGAUUGAAAUUAAAAAGUUAUUUGCUAGAUACGGUUAUCCAUUCCACUUGGUAACGGACAAUGGUCCACAGUUUAGGAGCAAGGAAUUUGUUAUGUUUCUUAAGCAGAGUGGCGUAAAGCAUACUUUCUCUCCUCCUUAUCACCCAGCAACAAAUGGUGCGGCUGAAAAUUUAGUUAAUACUUUUAAACAUAAGGUCGAAAAGAUUGUGAAAGAAGGAGAGACACUACGUGAAAUGAGAACACGAUUCGAUUUGAUGAGGCCUAGGAUAGCAGACACCGUGUUUGAAAGACAACAAGCUCAGAUUGCGGCGCGUAAGAGCGAUAGCAAGGUCAUCCUCCAGGAGGGUGACUCGGUCUUGGUAGACAAUUACGGGGUUGCAGGUGGUAAAAGAGUCGAAGCUAAGAUUGAAAAACAAAUAACACCUUCGACGUAUGAAGUUAGCUUAAUUCCAACAGAAAAACUUGUUACUGAUAAGAGAUCUGUAUCAGCUUGCUCAGUUUUAUCAUCGUUGCUAGACUUGUCCAACUAUUCUUGA